GGGCCGCCCGUAACGUUCCUCUCUCCUCUGGGCCAGAUGGUGCGCCCUCGCCUCCUGUCCUGCCUGCUCCUCCUGCCGCUGGCCGCCUGCUUUCCUGUCCUGGACCUGGAAGCGCCCAUGGACACCCCGGGGGGCACCGGAGGCGAGAGGGGCUGGGCCCGCCUGGCCGGGGGGCGCGCGGUCCGCUCCCCGGGGGGCCCCUCUCCGUGGCCGGGAGCGCCCCGCCCGCACGCCCUGCAGGUUGUGGCCCAGGAGCUGCUGCUGUCCGGCCGGGCGCGCACCGGCAUCCGGCUCCGGUCCGAGAGGCAGGAGGAGGGCCCCGGGGCCGCCGGCCUCCUCCGGGCCGAGGGCGACCAGGCUGGGAGCCCACUGGGGACGCUGGCCGAGGAGCUCAGCGGCUACAGCAGGAAGAAAGGCGGCUUCCACUUCCGCUUUGGCCGGCGGUGAAGGCCAGGGUGGGAGGGCCAGGGCAGCCUAC